AUGGCAAUCUCUCCAAUUACUGGUAUGGUUCGUAAAAGCGCCUUCAUCGACAUUACUGCUUCUCUAGUAUUAGGAACCUUUUCCGGUUAUGCAUAUUGGUACGGUUAUCAUGUUCCAAUCGUUCGUAAGCGAGAAGCUUAUUAUUCGAAACUUAGGGAAAAUCAAACUCUCAAGAAAUAA